GGACUCAGGAACUACGACACAAAGAUGACGUGUAGUUGUUCCAUACGCUUGGAACGCUACGGUCAGACGCAAUCUUUAGAAGACCGGGCAUCCUUCACAGUAUAAUAAAUACAUUAUCACUACAGACCGCAUAGUUAUGUCUGGAGAAGUGUCCAUGAUAGGUUCUGUCAUCCUCGCCUUGUUCCUGGCCGGCUACCUGGGCCAGCAGUAUCUGCCUCCUCCCAAACCCAGAGUGAUCGGGCUGGAUCUGGGGACCACGUACUGCUCGGUGGGGGUGUUCAACCCCGGGGUCGGCGACGUCGAGGUGAUCGCCGAUGAAGAAGGAAGGAAAAGCAUACCCAGUGCUGUGUCGUUCACCCUCACCGAGGUCCUGGUGGGGCAUGAGGCCCAGGACCUGGCUGACAGCAACCCCCAGAACACAAUCUAUGAUGCGAAACGAUUCAUAGGCAAGAUCUUCGACCCCAACCUUUUAGAACAGGAGAGUGCUCGCUAUCCAUUCCAGGUGAUAAACAACAACGGCAGUGCAGAGUUCCUAGUUACCACCAAUCUGACAUUUACUGUCAGCCCAGAGUUCAUUGGCUCCAGACUAUUGUUGAAGAUGAAGCAGAUGGCUGAGAAACACCUGGGGAUGCAGAUAGAGAAGGCUGUUAUCUCUGUGCCCGCUGAGUUUGACGAAAGACAGCGAAACUACACUAUCAGGGCUGCUAAUCUUGCUGGUUUAGAAAUCCUACGGGUAAUCAACGAGCCCACGGCGGCUGCUAUGGCGUACGGCCUCCACAAGGUAGAGGUGUUCAACGUGCUGGUGGUGGACCUGGGUGGAGGAACGCUGGACGUGUCCCUGCUCAACAAACAGGGAGGCAUGUUCAUCACCAGGGCCAUGGCAGGGAACAACAAGCUGGGCGGCCAAGACUUCAGCCAGCGGCUGCUGCAGCACAUGAUGGACCAAGUCCUGCAGACGUUCGGCAUCGCAGUCUCUCUCAAAGAAGACGUCCACCGCCUCCGUCAGCACGCCGAUGAGGCCAAGCUCAACCUCACCCUCCAGCCCAGCGUCAGCGUCCGGGUGCCCCUGCAGCUCCAGGCGGCGGAGACCCCUGCAGCCGGGAAGCCGCCCGUCCUCUUCCAAAUGACCGUCACCCGCGAGGCGUUUGAGGAGCUCAACGCGGACCUCUUCCAGAAGAUCCUGGAGCCCAUCAAGACGGUGCUGGUGGAGGGCCGCCUGAAGGCUGAGGAGGUGGACGAGAUCGUGCUCGUGGGAGGCUCCACCAGGAUACCCCGGAUCAGGCAGCUGAUCCGACAGUUCUUCGGCAAGGAGCCCAACACGUCGGUGGACCCCGACCUGGCCGUGGUCACGGGGGUGGCCAUCCAGGCGGGCAUCAUGGGAGGUUCCUGGCCCUUGCAAGUCAGCGCCAUAGAAAUCCCAAACAGACACCUGCGCAAGGUCAAUUUCAACUAGUCACGGAUAGAGGCCCCCAACUCUCAGCCUAAAACCAUGACAUAGAGGGUACCCGAGGAAUACGACUGAAUACUUAAAAGUGCAAUGCUUCUGAAAUUAGGCAGGUGUAGUCUCUGGUGAAGGUGCACAAUGGAUGAAUGCUGUUGGGUCACCAGAAUCAUUGGUAAGGGCAAGAAGAACCAGUCGCUUAUGGAGAUAUCUAUAGGAUGUUGUUUAAACAGCUAUACGUGGAUUUGAGAAAAACAUAGUUUUAAAUUAUUUGUUAACAUGUAUCAACAUCAUUUGUUACCAAUGUCACUGGUUCAUGCUUCUGAUAGUAAUAGGUGUUCAUUUUGGAUGUUUUCUAGUGACAGAUUGCUUUGUUGUACAUGUUUCUCGUCAAUGCAAUGAGAUGCCAUCUUUACAUUUAGCUGGAAGGUUAUCAUGACUUUUUGCAUGGCAUUUCUGAUAGUGUGCCAUUCAGGGACCGAUCCUUUACAUAUAGAUAUAGAUAUUAUUAUACAUUGUAAAUCAGCCAGUUCAUCCAGAACUUUAAAUAUUAUUUAUUUAUUUAUUUGCACAUUUGAAUGGGCCUGUGAGCGCUUUACGUAUGGCGAUACUGGCGCCCCCUCCCUUACUUUUCCAACAGAUGUUGACCCAAUGUGCGUGCCUUUUCUGAGCGCUACCAUAGUGUUUACGGUAGGGGUGAUGUGCCACAGGCUAGUGCUUCUUCAUAUGGCCUGUUAAUGAAGACAAAAGGCUGAUGUGUAACAAAGACAUAAACACUGGCAUUAGGUUCCACAGCAGGUUAUUGGGACAAAAGAUGACAGUGUAAUUGCUAGGACUACUUGCUACUUGCUGUAGUUUGGUCUGGCUUUGCGAGACUAGGACUACUGCAAAGACAACGGUUUCUCAAGACCUCAUCAACAACACAUUAAGUAACUUAUAGGAGCCUACUUAAUAUGUUCUACAUUGGAGCAUUCAGCAGCUUGUCAUUCCAAUGUAUGUUUUUUUGCAGAUUGAGUUGUCCGUAUAGAUUGGCCAAUCAGCUGCUGGGAAACUGCUCUGCUUUGACAUGACUCAUCAUCAUGUCAGAAUAUGAUGUUGGAGCUCCGCCAGUCAGAUUUAGUAUAUUUAUUUUUCUCCAAAGAGCUCACUUCUAGCAACGUGAAAGGUCCAACCUCAGCAAGCCACUUUGAAGGCCCACCUCUGCCAUGUUCAGGCUUAUUAUAUGGCAAUGGCCCAAUUGGCUACAUGCAGUUUUCGUGUUGCCUAGGAAACGCUUGUGGAAAUGUGUUAAUGCCAUGACCUUGUGUUGCUAUACAUGUUCGUACUUUGAUGUGAUUAGGUUGAAUUAUUUCAAUGUGUACAUUAUCAAGGAACGUGUUGACAUAUAGUCCUAGCCACGGUCUGUAUGUUUCCCAAGGAAACGAUAAACUGUAUAUGCCUGCCGCUUUUAGAAUUUCAUUCAAAUCUCAUUCCGAAACUUAUUCUAAUUACGUAAGAUUAACAUUAGGCCUCACGCUGCCUCGCUUUCGUACUGAUAAAUAUACUGAUAAAUCAGAUGACUAUGUAAAUAGGAAGAUGUGUGUUUAUUCUUACUGAAGAGUAUAAUAAAUAACUAUUUUCAUAAGGA